GCCCGGCAUGCAGGGAAGGAGGCAAGAGAAGCCUACCAAGCGAGGCCCUGCCCUAACGUUCAGAGCUCCGACUGUGUUCCACACGGGGACAGCAAAGGCAGGCUGUUCCUGCCCUCGGAGAGCUCCCGGGCGGGGCGGAGGUGGGGUGGAGGCCCCGUGGGGAGACCAGGGCUGGGACAGCACAAGUUGCGCACCUGUGCACCAAGAGUUGCUCCAGUUCUGCCCGGGAUACCAGGGAACGGCUCCAGGAGGAGACAGCCGUACAGCCAAACACAGAGAUGGGGCGCCCCCGCGUCCACACAAUCCCCCCGGCCCCACCCGGCCCAGCUGCUCCCCAGCCUCUUCCCUUCCCUUCCCCCACCCGUGCCCACCGGGGUCCACAGCUCACGGCCUUGCCCCUUGGUGGGCACAAGGCUUUCCAUGGUGCACAGCCUUGGCCCUCCACCACCUCCUUGCCUCCGGGACCCUGGGAACCUCUCUUCCCCAGAUCCUGCCACGCAAGGGGGGGUCCCCAAUCCAUCCAACAGUCCCCCGCCGUCCCCCCAGGGUCUUCUUCCUUGGCGGCCUCCUCCUGGUCUGUCCUGGGAUCCGGCUGCCCAGUCCCCCGUCUGUCCCCGUUUGGGGCACCCUCUCCAGACUCCAGGCUGGAGCUCUCUUUUCUACCUAGAUUUCCCUGAGACUGCUGUUGCUAGAAGCCCCUCCCCCCGCAGUCAUCGUGGAACUUGGGGUGCAGAACACGGCUCUGUGAGUGCGUGCUGCACGCUGCUCUCGCGGGGCGACGAGCCCGGUGGACUGAAAAGAGAAGUCACAGCGUCAGGAUCACAUAAACUACGGGAACAACAGUGGUAA